AGAUAAAUAAUAAUAAUACUUAAAAAUGGACAGGGAAAAGUUGAUAGUGCCCAAUCAAAUUGGCUACCUGAUCCUCAAGGAAGAUGGAGCCGUCCUGGAAUCGGGAGGAGAACUCAAGAACGAUGAGCACAGUGCAGAUGUGAUAAUGGGGCUGCUGAAUCUCACAGAGAGCAUCGACGAGUCCUUCAUGCCGAACAGCAGUUGUGAGAGGAUCACCAUCGACUACGAGCAGCACUACUACAGCAUCUGCAUGUCCAAUCGUCGGAUUUACAUAGUUAAGAUCAGCAAAUCCCAGAAUGGAGUCACCACCACGACCACGAGCUCCUCCUCGUCCAAUAGUGUCUACAAUGAUGCCAGCGAUUCCGGGGCGGUGCUGGCUUGAAAUCCGGAUACUCUGGAUGCCCGGUUGCCCACUUGCCGAUUCUGUUGGCAGGGCAACCCACAAAGACCCCACAAUUGGCGCACUCCCAUCCUCUAUCUGAUCCUCCUCUUUAUUUGUCAAAAAAUACAUCAUCUGUGAGCUCCUGCUCGAAAA